CGCGACCAAGACGACCGUCCAUUUUGCCUUUUCGACCAGCAUGCUGCUUCCGAUCGCAACGACCUUGAACGAGGCGCCUCUGCGCGCGUGGAGUCUCCUCGGACCCGUGUACGUCCGCCUGUCGGCACAGGAGCUUUCGACUGCGGCGUUCUCGCAUGCGCUCCUGGCGACGACACGGCUCUAUGUCGGGCCUUUCGCGCCCGACGCCAUCGACUCGGCCGUCACGUGGCUCGACCACGGCGCGCACAAGGCCGUGUUCCACACUACGUACACAGCGCUCGUGACCGGCGGCAUUGCCUUGGACCUGCCCGCGGACCGCGUCCUUCUCUCCUUGGCCGUCACCAGCGCCGACGUGGUUGCGCUCGCGACGACGCUGCCGGCCGUGACGGCGUUUGCCUCGGGCCUGCUCUUGCAGCUUCCGGCCGACGUGUCACCCGAGGCCGUCCUGCCCUUGCGCAAGGCGCUGCCCGAAGGAUUCGUGGUCGCGAUCGACGCGCCGGGGACUGCGAUCGCAACGAACGUCGGGCCGUUGCAUGCACAGCGAUUGAGUCUGGCAGCAGUGCCAAGUGCCAACGACGAUGUCACCGACGCCUUUGUCCGGUGCCUCAAGAGCGACCGUCCGGACGGCCUGUUUACAACCGUGGUCACCGACGCGUCGGGCGUGGCGCUGGGCCUUGUCUACUCGAGCGCAGAGAGCAUUGUGGCGUCCGUCCAGCAGCGGCGCGGCAUCUACUACUCCCGCUCUCGAAAUGGUCUGUGGCCCAAAGGCGACUCGUCCGGCCAUGUGCAGGAGCUCAUCCAGCUGGACAUGGACUGCGACUCGGAUGCGCUGCGGUUCACGGUCUUCCAACACAGUCCGGCGCGCGCCACGACGCCGGACGCUGGCAGCUUUUGCCACCUCGAGACGCGCACGUGCUGGGGGCCGGCCAUGGGCAUUCGCCACCUCCAGGCCACGCUGCAAGAUCGCAAACAGUCGGCGCCGCCGGGCUCGUACACCAAGCGCCUCUUUGAUGACAUGACGCUGCUUCGCAACAAGCUCGUCGAGGAAGCGCAGGAGCUCGCCGAGGCCACCGACGCCGUGCACGUCGCGGAAGAAGGCGCCGACGUGCUGUACUUCGCCAUGGCCCGCUGCGUCGCGGCCGGCGUGAGCUUCCAGGACAUUGAGCACCAGCUCAACAUGCGCGCGCGCAAGCUCACGCGGCGACCGGGCAACGCCAAGGCGUACCGCAUCGAUGCUGCCAACGCGAUUCUGGCCAAGGACCAGUAGCUCGACGUACAGUAGGACGUACUAGUAGAUAUGCUAAUGACCACCAAGAGACGGG